AUUCCGCAGAGCUACAGAAACGACAGACACGUCACACUAAAAGUUCAUUUCAGACACUUAUUUAAUUAAUAAAACACACUAAUUUCAUUUUUCGGGAAGAACGUGAGCGUUACAACAAAAAUCAAUCAUGGGAAACGUUUUUGCGAAUCUGUUUAAGGGACUGUUCGGCAAGAAGGAAAUGAGAAUAUUGAUGGUCGGCUUGGAUGCAGCUGGUAAAACCACAAUUUUGUAUAAACUUAAAUUAGGCGAAAUUGUAACAACGAUCCCGACGAUUGGUUUCAACGUUGAGACUGUAGAAUACAAAAACAUUAGCUUUACAGUAUGGGACGUAGGCGGUCAAGACAAAAUCCGACCAUUGUGGAGGCAUUACUUCCAAAACACACAAGGACUUAUUUUCGUUGUUGACAGCAACGACAGAGAGCGUAUUGGCGAGGCACGUGAAGAAUUAAUGCGUAUGUUGGCGGAAGACGAGUUACGAGAUGCCGUUUUACUGAUAUUUGCCAACAAACAAGAUCUACCAAAUGCAAUGAAUGCAGCUGAAAUUACUGACAAAUUAGGAUUACACUCGCUACGGAAUCGCAACUGGUACAUCCAGGCAACGUGUGCCACCAGCGGUGACGGCUUGUACGAAGGCUUGGACUGGCUGUCUAACCAAUUGAAGAACGCAAAUCGUUAAUGAGAGACAACAACAACAAAAAUGCAAAUUUAAAUGAAUAGAUGGAAGUACAGAGAAAAAAAAAUUAAAUGAAAAGAUGAAACAAAAGAUAAUAAUCAUAAUAAAAACAAGAUAACAUUAUUUGUGAGUUAAGGAAGAAAAGAGAGAAAUCCUUUUUUUUACUGAAAACCCUUUCAAAAAAAAUAUAAAAAUUAGAAAAACUGCUCCAACAACUGAAAAAAACAAUAUUUAUAAAAAAAAACUAUUAAGAUAAUUUUAAAAGAACAACAACAUGAUUCCCCCUUGUGUAUGUAUAUGUCAACCUGUACAUCAUCAUUUCAUCAUCAAUAUUGAAAAAAAAAAAAAAUAAAACGCUAUAAACAUUUAAAAUAAUUAUAAACUGAUGAUUCUGUGUGUCUGUUCCGAUUCCAAUACUAUAUAUUUUGUCCCGUAAAUGAAAAUUUCCAUAAGAUUAUCAUUAAUAUUAAAAAAAAACAAGAAAAAUAUCAAUUAAUUAUUAUUGUAAUACAAUUUAUCAAUAAAAUUUCAGAGAUAAAAUAAUAUUUUCUUUUUUUUCAUAUUUUUCUUUUUCAAAAGGUGUAAAAAAUUUUUAAUCGAAAGUAACCGGACAGAACAUACGCAUGCUUAGUUAAAGUUAAUUUUAAUGCAAAACACGAUUUAAAGUAAUGUAUAUUAAAAUUAAUGAUUACUAUUAUAAUGAUAAUGAUAAAAAUUGCUAAAAAAUAGAAAAAAAAAUACUGAAGGAAAAUUACAAAAAAAAAACAUUAAGAGCUAAGGAUCUUUUCUUAUGUAACAAUAAUGAAAGAUUUAAAGUUUAAGGUAACAUUUACGAUAGAAACAUGUAUUUGUUUGUAAUAGAACUAAAUUAAACAAUGAGAGUUAAGUUACAUUAAACUAUACAAAAAAAAACAACAACAACAAGAUGUACUACAACACUAAACUAUAUACUUAUAUUAUAGCUGAAUCCCGUUCCAUACACUUUUUUUUUGGUUUUUGUAUUUUUUUCGCUAUUUACGUAAAAAAAUGAAUGAUGAUAAAUAUUUGAGCACUUUCGUAUUGAAAUUAUGUUAUUAUUGCAUACAUUUAAUGUUUAUGUAUAUUUUUUUAAUUUUUAUUUUUAAAAAAAUUAAUAUUAAUAAAAUAUUCAUUCAAUAAUAUUACGAUUAUGGUAAAUAAAUUAAACAUAAAAAAAUAAUAAAAA